CAGCCCGCAGUCGAGCACAAUUACGUUAUAGACAAUAGAGCAAUUCCAAAACUCAACACUAGGUGCCUCUGUUUUUCCUAUCUGUUUUAGGUAAAAAAGAAGGGAGGUGGUAAGACGCUCAAUUCUCUGGAGUGAAAGAAAAGGAUAUCUCUCUCUCCCUGCCGCCUGAACCUUGCGCGCAAACACAAAGAGGAAAAGAAAGAUUAAAAUUCGUAAAAUUUUCAUUCCUGUACUAUCUGAAACCAACACAACCUCAGAGCAGACGUCCUUCCGAAUAUUUUGCGGAUAUUCAGCGUAAAAUCUUUGACGUGACCAUCGCUGUCCCAUUCAUCAACCUGCUCGCGAUAGAAAAGCCCCGCGGAGACGUAUCGAUCCCGUUCUCCGGUUGGUAAGGCGAGUCAUGGAGCGGAACAGCUGCGUGCUGCGCGAUUUUCGGCAGCGGCCCGGUAAUGACAUUUGUGCGGACUGCGGUGCUGCAGAGCCGGAUUGGGUGUCUGUGCCUCUGGGCGUGUUUGUGUGUCAGGGAUGCUCUCUCAUCCACAGAAGUAUCCCCAACCAGGUGAAGUCUGUACUGCAGGACACAUUCGAUGAUAAAGAAACAGAGUUUAUUACCUCUAUGGGGAAUGAAGCAGCGAAGGCGAAGUACGAACAGCAAGUUCCACCAUUUUAUUACCGCCCCUCCCACACAGACUGCAGAAUUUUGAGAGAACAAUGGAUCAGGGCCAAAUACGAGAGACAGGAGUUUGUACACAUCGAGAAACAAGAGCCUUAUUCAGCAGGGUACAGAGAGGGGUUUCUAUGGAAACGCGGUCGAGACAACGGGCAGUUUCUCAGUCGCAAGUUCAUUCUGUCUGAGAGAGAGGGAGCGCUCAAGUACUUCAACAAGCAAGAUGUUCGUUCUGGUCUUCUUACAUUUGCGAAAGAUCCAAAGGCCAUAAUGAGGAUUGAAACUCUAAAUGCUACUUUCCAGCCAGCUAAAAUAGGCAACCCCUGUGGACUACAGAUCACAUAUCUCAGGGACAACAGCACCAGAAAUAUCUUUGUGUACCAUGAAGACAGUAAGGAAAUGGUGGACUGGUUCACUGCAAUCCGGGCAGCACGGUUUCAUUACCAAAAGGUGGCAUUUCCUGGAGCUAAUGAUGAGGACCUGGUACCAAGACUUACACGGAAUUUCAUGAAAGAGGGUUUCAUGGAGAAAACCGGCCCAAGGCAUACAGAGGGCUUUAAGAAGAGGUGGUUUACCAUGGAUGAUAGGAGGUUAAUGUAUUUUAAAGAUCCCUUGGAUGCAUAUGCACGUGGAGAGGUGUUCAUUGGCAGCAAGGAGAACAGCUAUAAAGUCGUACCCGGGCUACCACCCUCCAUCCAGGGCUACCAUUGGAAGUAUGGCAUCACCAUUGAAACACCAGAUAGGAAGUUUCUGUUUGCAUGUGAAACAGAAGCAGAGCAAAAGGACUGGAUUGCAGCCCUUCAAAGAGUCGUCAAUCGACCCAUGAUGCCGCAGGAAUAUGCAGUUGAAGCUCAUUUUAAACACAAACCUUGAUGUUGGAUGUAGACCUGCCUACAUGCUACAGGCGAGACUGGACAACGAACAGUUCAGUCCAGUGAAUACAUGUACAGUAUACUGUAGGGGGUGUUUGGGGUGAGCUCUGGACCAAGCAACGUCUCAACACGUACAAAGGAAUGGCUUCCUUGCUACUUUGAUUUAGUACUAAUUCACUGGACACUAUGUUAAGGGUGUCAGCAGGGCAAUGACACUGAGAUUGAGUAAUCUUGAAUGUCCCUUCGUAUGUGUGAAAACCAAAGCAGACAUACUAGGUGCCGUCAGCCAAGCUACUGUAUAAAAAUGGCAUGUGAAUGUUGUUUAUCCCUCUUUAACGUAACAUUUAAUCUGUAAGGGUUGGCAGACAGCUCAUGUGAACUAUUUUGCAAACUUCUGUUAUUUAUUGGAAAUACUGUAUUGUACUGUAUAUCCAAGCAAAUGCUGCUGUGGACUUCUAAGACGCUACGCACUGACUCAUGUUGAAUAACCCUAAUGUUAUUUCUGUUCAGAUGCAGUUAAAGGGAUUUGGGAUACACACUUUUGUUUUGUGGCUGGUUGGGUGCUCAGUAAACUACUUGUCAUUUGAAUGUGUUAGUAGUCAUUUGAAUCAUGUUGGUAACUGAUACUGUAUGUGUAGCUAUGAUCCUUCAAUACAACCUUAAAGGCGGGGUGCGUAAUUUUUGAAAAACACUUAUCGGGCCGACUGCUAAAACACACUUGUAGCCAAUCAGCAGUAAGGGGCGUGUCUACUAACCGACAUCGUUGCAUGGAUUGCGUAUGUGUGGGGCGGGCCUAUCAAAAGAAGGUCCAGAUUCUAUUGGGGUAGGGGCGUGUUUGUUCAGGUGAUUUUUAAAUAUCAAUAUUGGCUUUCAGAGAUCAUGCAUCCUGCCUUUAAGAGGAUAGUUUACCGAAAAAUGAACAUUCUGUCAUCAUUUACUCACCCUCAAGUUGUAACAAACCUGUGUGCAUUUCUUUGUUUUGCUAAACACUUUGAUACAGAUCUGGGGCACCAUUCACUUCAAUGGUAUUAUUUCUUCCUACUAUGGAAGUCAGUGCUGCUGCAGAUAUGUUUGGUUAUAAACAUUCUUCAAAAUAUCUUCCUUUGUAUUCAACAUAAAGAUUUUGAAAAAUUUUGAUAAACAAAAAGAUCUGGGGCACCAUUCACUUCAAUAGUAUUAUUUUUUCCUACUAUGGAAGUCAGUGGGGCUGCAGAUAUGCUUGGUUACAAACAUAUUUUAAACUAUCUUCCUUUGUAUUCAGCAUAAAGAUAAUUGAAAAGUGUUGAUAACCAAAAAGAUCUGGGGCACCAUUCACUUCAAUGGUUUUUUUUCUCCUACUGUGGAAGUCAGUGCUGCUGCAGAUGUGCUUGGUUACAAACAUUCUUCAAAAUAUCUUCCUUUUUUGAAAAGUGUUAAUAACAAAACAGAUCUGGGGCACCAUUCACUUCAAUAGUAUUAUUUUUUCCUACUAUGAAAGUCAAUUGUGCCGUAGAUCUGCUUGGUUACAAACAUAUUUUAAACUAUCUUCCUUGUAUUCAGCAUAAAGAUAAUUGAAAAGUGUUGAUAACCAAAAAGAUCUGGGGCACCAUUCACUUUAAUAGUUUUUUUUCUCCUACUAUGGAAGUCAGUGCUGCUGCAGAUGUGCUUGGUUACAAACAUUCUUCAAAAUAUCUUCCUUUUUAUUGAGCAUAAAGAUUUUGAAAAGUGUUAAUAACAAAACAGAUCUGGGGCACCAUUCACUUCAAUAGUAUUAUUUUUUCCUACUAUGGAAGUCAUUGGGGCUGCAAAUAUGCUUGUUACAAACAUUCUUCAAAAUAUCUUCCUUUGUAUUGAGCAUAAAGAUAAUUAAAAAGUGUUAAUAACCAGAUCUGGGGCACCAUUCACUUCAAUGGUAUUAUUUUCUCCUACUAUGAAAGUCAAUUGUGUCAUAGAUCUGCUUGGUAACAAACAUUCUUCAAAAUAUCUUCCUUUGUAUUUAACAUAAAGAUUUUGAAAAGUGUUGAUAACCAAAAAGAUCUGGGGCACCAUUCACUUCAAUAGUAUUAUUUUUUCCUACUAUAAAAGUCAAUUGUGUCAUAGAUCUGCUUGGUAACAAACAUUCUUCAAAAUAUCUCCCUUUGAAUUCAGCAUAAAGCUAAUUGAAAAGUGUUGAUACCCAAACAGAUCUGGGGCACCAUUUACUUCAAUAGUAUUAUUUUUUCCUACUAUGGAAGUCAGUGCUGCUGCAGAUAUGUUUGGUUAUAAACAUUCUUUAAAAUAUCUUCCUUUGUAUUCAACAUAAAGAUUUUGAAAAGUGUUAAUAACCAAACAGAUCUGGGGCACCAUUCACUUCAAUAGUAUUAUUUUCUCCUACUAUAGAAAUGCCACAGAUCUGCUUGCUUACAAACACCUUUCAAGAUAUCUUCCUUUGUAUUUAACAUAACAAAUAAAUGUAUACAAAUGUAACAACUUGAGGGUGAGUAAAUGAUGACAGAAUUUUAAUUUAUGACUUGAAAUUUCAUAGCAACAUACUGUAAUAGUUUCUACGUUUAGUGUCUGUAAUGGGCGACCAACAGCUUUUAUUUUAACAGUUAUCAUCCACACACUGUAUAUCCAUAUAUGAAGGUACUGUAGUUCUGUUGUUGAUUUAUUCUUCUCCACUAGGUGGCGGUACAUCACAUUUUAGGAUGCAUGUAUCCAUUCCUAUCUUUCUAUGCAGAAUGGUGUUGUUAUUAGUGAUAGAUUGAAAUAUUGGCCAAUAUUUGGCCAUUUUGAGAUUAUUAUGGUCAAUAACCACACCCAUCUGGCUUAUUAAGAAAAGUGGUAGUUCCUCUUGUGUCUGGUAAAAAAUACCCAAUCUACAUCUGCUAAUAGAUAACAUUCAUUAUUUUAUUGAAGAUACGGCAUUAUUUAAUGUAUCAGCAAUUAAAUCAGCCAUCGGGCACUAUAGGCUCUAUAGAUAUCUGUACAUAGAUCAGCCCAUACAUCUUCAACCUGUUUAAAGAAUGCAUACCAAGAUUCUUCAGACUUUAUAAUCAUCCUUAACAUUUGAAUGACAAGCUCCAUUACCAUUAAUGUGAUACUGACUUUAUCUCCACGUGUUGUCUCUCCAGGUCUCCAUGUUUAGUGAUGUUCUGUUGAAAGCGUUCAUGAGUUUUGUUUUGUUUAGGAUAAAUUUUCACUAGGAAAAAUGUCCAUGUUUUGUUUAUUUUUUUGACGUGUACUAUAUCAUAGCAUGCAUAUAUGUGAAACGGUACAAAGGACUAUAUGGUAUUUCAUCAUGCACCCACUAUGUUUUUUUACUUUGACCUUUUUAUUGACCAGUUUCUCAUUUGGUGCACUAAAGUCGCCUGGCAGCACUAUGGCAGUGCAAAUGUUAAAAAUGAAUAUAUAAUAAAACUAAUUUAAUUUAA